GCCCAGGCCGGCCACGCGCCUUGGUGAGGAGGCGCAGGAGGGGUGGCCGGCCGGAGAGGCCACGCGGAGGCCCGGGGACUAACAGACAGCGGGACAGGUGGACGCGCCCGCAGGGCAGGAAGCCGCACUGCCAUAGCAGGCUCCAGGGGUCAUGGCCGAGCUCAAGUCGCUGUCGGGGGACUCGUACCUGGCGCUGAGCCAUGGCUACACGGCGACCGGCCACGCCUACGCUGCGGCGCGCGGACCGGAGACCACUCGCGGCUUCGGUGCAUCCGGUCCGGGUGGCGACCUCCCCGCGGCGCCCGCUUCCCGCGUCCCCGCCACGACGGUCGAGAGCAGCGGCGAGCAGAGCGGCGACGAGGACGAAGCCUUCGAGAGGCGGCGGCGGCGGCGAGGGCCCGGAGUCGCGGUGGACGCACGGCGGCGGCCCCGGGAGCAGCGCUCACUGAGGCUCAGCAUCAACGCGCGCGAGCGGCGACGCAUGCACGACCUGAACGACGCGCUGGACGGGCUGCGCGCAGUCAUCCCCUACGCGCACAGCCCGUCGGUGCGCAAGCUCUCCAAGAUCGCCACGCUUCUGCUGGCCAAGAACUACAUCCUCAUGCAGGCUCAGGCCCUAGAGGAGAUGCGGCGCUUGGUGGCCUACCUCAACCAAGGCCAGGGCCUCGCGGCGCCGGUGGCCGCCGCGCCUCUGACGCCCUUCGGCCAAGCAGCGGUUUACCCGUUCUCAGCGGGCGCCGCGCUCGGGCCCUGCCCGGACAAGUGUGCCACCUUCUCUGGAUCGCCCUCGGCGCUUUGCAAACACUGUGGCGAGAAGCCCUGACGGCGCCGAGCCCCUCUGCAGCCUCCUUUCUAUUUAGACUGUCCCCUGUCCUCGCUGGCGGGACCCUAUGAGGAGAAAACUCCGAACUCCGCUUACAGAAUUGUUGGGUGCAGAAUACGAAGUCCGUUCUGGCAGAGCCAGAGACUUGGCGCUGGACUCCAGGCCUCGCCACAUCCACAGAGCUAAAAGAAGGCCACGAGAGGGAACAGAUAGUGGCUGGUCCCACUUCUGACAGGUGACUCUGCCCAAGGCUCAGGAGUGCAGGCACAGAUCAUCACGCUUGACCACAUCCUAGCACUGGGGAUCGUCCUCUGCCCGAGUCCCUUCUAAGCCAACUUGCAGGGCCUUGCUCCAGCUAGACAUGCUCCGCAGGAUGGGUGCGGCUCCCCCACCGCGGUCUUCUGUCGACUCCAAGACUCCAGACCCGGCCAAUGAGCGAGAUUCCGCCCUGGUCCUUUGGAGAGGACAUGGAGGCAGACGCAGGAAGAACCCAGGAGGUGAGGUUUGCAACGUUUUCCAAGUCUGAGCUUGUUCUGUUAACAUUCUUGCCUGCCCAGAAACUUAGGAAACCCAAGCCAGCCUCAAAAGUCUGUGGAAACAUCACUAAAUAAGCCUGGACAGCCAGCGCCUGCCUCCUCCUGGGAGCUGAGCUGGGCGUCACUUUGUUCUGUUUGUCCCAAGGGGAUCACAACCUGCUCAGGGCUUCUUGACCCUGGAGGGUCAGCCGAGGACUCCAGUCUAGCUCCAGGACCAACCAAGCCCCUCUGAGCCAGUUCGGGAACUUCUGGAGGAAGCCGGGCUACCGGUGAGUACCCGGCUCGGCUCUGGACCGAACGGGAACUGGUUGCUCACAAAAUCGGACCGCAGCCCAGAAUCCUGCCACUGUACCUAGUCCGAGCCUUAGCCCGCGAGUCCCAGCUGUUGCCUGGUUUUCGCUCUGUGGCCCUCAACAGCUUCCGCCUCCAUUUACCCAAUUUUCUUGGCUUUCAUUGAUGCAAAGCAAAUCGGGAGAGGUCCGCUGCUCAGCAAAGCGCCUGUCUGUAGCGCUUAACUUUAAUUAAUGCUUUGGAAAAGCCCCUUUUGUAUUUGCAAAAUGACGUGUGUGAUUAAGUCUUAUUCAUAAAGACGUAUGCGUAAUACUGGUCUCUGCUAAUUUCUAUUUUUCAUUUCUUAAAUGUCUCUUCCCCUCCCCUAAACUAAUCUGCUUUUCACAUUUCAAAACAGACUGUUUUUUCAAGUUCACUUAAGAUGAACAGGAAAAACUGGAAACUCAAGUGUUAGCUCUGGAGUCAUUACUCAUCAUUAUUUUUAAAAAUCCUUUAUUUAUAUUUAGACCAGGGAUAGUGUGCAGAAUAAAGUACUUAAAGUUUAUUUUAUAAAAAAAAUAUGACUAAAUCUUAAUAUCAAAUUAAGUGUACAUAUAUGACUUGAUUUACAGUUUCAAUCUCCAGACAGUGAUACUGGCUUGGGAUCCUUCUUCUAGAGCCCCAAGAAAUGUCUGAGAUUUUAAAAUGGAUCCAUACACCAUUAAGAGAUACAUGAGUUCAUACAAAAAAUGUUUAGGAGUGUUGGGUAGAGACAUACCGGUGAUCCCAACUUGCAGGAGAUGGAGACAGGAGGAUGAGAAUUCUGGAACCAGCCUGAGCAGCAAACUGAGACUCUUUCAGGAAAAGAAAAGGAUU